GGUCGAGUUUGGUUUCAGUGACUGUUGAAGUGUUAAAAUAAGUUUCGUACUGAAUUAUCUUGAGGAGGGCCAAAGCAUUUCACUCCUUAUCUUAUCUUUGCUUUUGGUAAUCUAUCACUGUAACACGCAUGUGGAGGAUGUCUCUCUGUCUUUGUCCUGUGUGGGGUUAUCCGACCUUAAAGCAAAUUUCUCCAUUAUUAUUGCUUCUUGGGGCUUUAUGAAGAAAGAAUCUAUCUGGGUUGGAUUUGUUUCUCAGGUGUUCUUGAUUUUAUCUUCUGGGUUGGGGUAGGAGUAAGUUUUUUGAUAGCAUCUUUGGAUAAAAUUUGGUUCUUGGGGUAAAGUUUACUGUAAGUUUAUCGAGUUUGGAUUUCUGGGUCUUGUUCUUAACUGGUGGCUCGUUGAAAAGAUGGCAUCUUUAUAGGUUUCUAAUGACUGUUGAGGCUGGUAGUUACUAAUCAAGGAGAUUUAUAGGUCUUUUGAGCUUCUACAAUAGAAGUUACUGGGGUUUUAUGAAACUUUUGGUGCAAACGUCCAGUUUCUAAGGAGCUUUGAUCUCUUCCGAAUUUGAGGUGAAGUUUCAAGUUGAGGCUGUUUGAGAUUUUGGAUUUGAGCUAAGAAGGUGUUGGAUUGAGAUUUCUUAGAGAAUUUUCUUACAAUUUGCAGUUGAUGAUGGCCAAAAACUUUUGAAAUUCUAUUGGGGAGGAACUUUCUUUGUUCCCUUUUUCAAGUUUUUUUUUUUUCAAGUAAGGUUUCCUGGAUUCUGUGUAUGAUCAUGGAGAAGCAGAAUAGCUUCAGGCCUGCAAGAAUUGAGAAGCAUCCAAGUUUUCAUGGGGUGAUUGAAAAACAGCAAAGUUUUCAGGGUGGGGUGGCAAUGGAGAAGCAGAAGAGCUUUAAGGGAUUAAUGGAGAAGCAGAAGAGUUUCAGGAUGGCUAUGGAGAGGCAGCUAAGCUUUGGUGGUGAGAAGAAACGGAGCAAAGAUUCUCCUGGAAAACGAGGGGACACCCCUCUUCAUCUUGCUGCAAGAGCUGGGAAUUUGACUAAGGUGAGAGACAUUUUUCAGAAGUGUGAUGGUAGUGUCAUUAAGGAUUUGCUGUCCAAGCAGAAUCAGGAAGGUGAGACUACUUUGUUUGUGGCUGCUGAGAAUGGGCAUGCAUUUGUUGUUGGAGAGUUCUUGAAAUACAUUGAUGUUGAAACUGCCUCCAUUCGUGCAAAUAGCGGUUAUGAUCCGUUCCACGUUGCUGCAAAGCAGGGCCAACUUGAAGUGCUGAAAGAACUAUUACGGUUUUUUCCCAACCUGAACAUGACCACGGAUUCAUCCAAUACUACCGCUUUACACACAGCUGCUGCUCAAGGACACGUUGAUGUAGUCAAUCUGCUUCUUGAUAUUGAUCCUAACAUCGCUAAGAUAGCUCGAAACAAUGGCAAGACUGUGCUUCAUACGGCUGCAAGAAUGGGUCACUUGGAAGUUGUGAAAUCACUUUUGAGCAAGGAUCCCAGCAUAGGAUUCAGGACUGACAAGAAAGGUCAAACUGCACUCCACAUGGCUGUGAAGGGCCAAAACGUGGAGAUUGUACAGGAAUUAAUAAAACCUGACUCCUCUGUUCUGAGCUUGGGAGAUAACAAAGGAAACACGGCACUCCACAUCGCAACAAGGAAGGGUCGAACUCAGAUUGUACAGAGUCUGAUAGCAAGUGAAGGCAUUGAGAUCAAUGCAACUAAUAAGGCUGGAGAAACCCCCCUUGAUAUUUCGGAAAAGCUUGCAAUGCCAGAAUUAGAUAGCAUUUUAAAAGAGGCAGGAGCUCUUCAUUCUCAAGAUCAUGGAAAACCACCAAAUGCUGCAAAGCAACUCAAACAGACUGUCAGUGACAUAAAACAUGACGUGCAGUCCCAACUCCAACAAAGCCGUCAGACUGGCUUUAGAGUAAGGAAGAUUGCUAGGAAAGUGAAGAAGCUCCACAUUAGUGGCCUUAACAAUGCUAUCAACUCUGCAACAGUCGUUGCUGUCCUGAUUGCAACCGUUGCCUUUGCAGCCAUCUUCACUGUACCCGGCCAGUAUGUCGAGGAACGAACAGCAGGAUUUUCACUUGGGCAAGCCCAUAUAGCUAAAAAGGCAGCUUUCUUAGUCUUCAUUUUGUGCGAUAGUCUGGCCUUAUUUAUCUCCCUUGCUGUUGUGGUGGUACAGACAUCUAUUGUUGUGAUAGAACAGAGGGCAAAGAAGCAACUUAUGUUCGUGAUAAACAAGCUUAUGUGGACGGCAUGCCUCUUCAUUUCAAUUGCCUUUAUUUCUCUCACCUAUGUGGUUGUUGGACGUCAUGAACAGUGGCUUGCUGUGUAUGCAACCAUAAUUGGUGGUGCUAUAAUGCUUGCUACAAUUGGCUCAAUGUGCUUUUGUGUGGUCCGGCAUAGGUUGGAAGACUCAAAGAUGAGGAGCAUAAGGAGAGCCGAGACACUAUCAGGUUCCUUUUCAGUGUCAAUGGUAUCAGAUCCGGAGUUAUAUGGUGAAAAGUAUAAAAGGAUGUAUGCAGUGUAGGGACAGUCAGUUCCUGUGAGCGUGGGCAUCUGGAGCAGAAAGAUACCUUCAAUGACUUCUGCACUAGUAUCAUUAUCCUGCAAUAUUAGCUGGAUCAUAUUGCGUUGAGCUGCAUUUGGCACUGAAGCUCAGGAUGAUGAAGAUUUCAUCAGCCAUAUUAUAACCAGGGUUUAGAUUUAGUAUGCUAUGAUGGCUCCCAAAUCAGGAUUCUGUACAGGUAAAGAGAGAGUGCUGACGGUGAGAUUUUGAGUUGUAUCCUCUGUAUAAUUAACCUCUGGGUGCAUGCUGUUUUGAGCUACAAAUAAUCUAUGGUUACAUAAAGUAAUAAUGGCUGAUAUUAAUCUUCAUGAAGCCCCAUUCUGCUUUA